CUAUCAUCUUCAGCCGCACGACGCGUGGCCCAUCUUUGAACAAACAGCAGACACUCCCACCCCGGCGGUCAAACUUCCCUUCUCGCAGAGGAAAGUCAGAUGUUCAAUUGACAUGGAUUUGUGAUUAAACAAAAACCACAGGUGGCAAUAUGAUGAGAAAGUUGUUCAAAGGUCGGAAAUCUAAGGGAGGGGAGCAUGAGAAGCAUGACACUCGAGAUGGGAAGCUUCAUAAGGCCCCAGAUCCCAGCGACAAGAUAUACGUCCAGGAUUCUGAUGCUCGGAACCUUCACCCUCGACCAGACGACUCGAAGUCCAAGGACACCGCUGAAAGCAAUGAUGUGGGGACCUUCUCUGGGUUCGAUAGCUGGCUAUCUAGCUUUGCCCCUGACCCGACAAAAACGGCUGUUGAGAUGGACGGAGAAUCUGCCAGCAGCGAAACUUUGACCAUUGAAGGUUACCCACAAGCCGACUACCUUUCUCUCAUUAUCGACGGCGUGAGAAGACCGGGCCACGCACAGAAAUAUGUUGUUAGGCUCAAUGGCCCGUGGUACAUGACCCUGGCAGCUGUGAACACGGUUAUGGAGAAACAUGGGUACGAAGGGCUAGGGGCUGCAAAGAACACCCUACUCGCACGGCCCGACUGGAAGGGCACCAAAGCGUAUGCGGAGAACUACGAAGUCCUAGUGACGGACGGGCCAUCGUGCUACGACCCGGACCGUGGCCUGCUUAUUAACAGAGACGAGACUCUGGAUACAUUCUCUGGCAACAUGCGCCGCCUCAGAGUCGAGUGUACGGAUGGGGGAAUAGUUGCCAGCUCGUUUCCGGCCAAACUCAGAAUCACCUUCCGUCGUACCCUGAGACUUCCAGACAAUGGCAAGAUACACAAUUUACCUAGCGACCUAGGCUUGAUCUCGGCCCACAACAUUGAAGGAAUCAAGAAGAGGCUCACAGCCUCUGGUUCCCAAAGCCUCGUCGAGAUGGCCAAAAAGGGCGGCGUCUUCUUCCCACUGUAUCAGAGGGAGGCCAUGUUCAUGUCAUUCGAGGCUGAGCAUGGCGGGUUUGCUCUGAGGGUCUUCGUUGGCGGCGUCAACGCAGUUUCGGGUCUACCCUGGAACGCCGGGCCGCACAGGAAGGCAGCACAGCAGGACUAUCUGUCUGUCCCCCCACAGCAGUACUUGGACGGAAUCUCCGCCGGCCGAGCCUCGGUCAAGCAGUUCGUUGCCAUGCCACUUGGGUCAGGCUAUUCUGUAGAGAAGCAGAUAACCGGAAAGGAGGACGUGGGGGGACUGCAGCUGGAGGUCAUCCCGGAUGACGGUUGGUACCUCGCGCCUGCGCCAGAAGUGCCAUACAGCCCUCACCUAGGAAUCCAGACGCCCCGGACGCUUGGAAUCGAAACCGUUUUGCUUCUCGGAAACCACAUGAUCCGGGAAGAUACUGAUCUUUCAGCCCCGGAGUAUGCAGGCUUCACAAGCAGUUUGGAGCACUCAACCCAUAUGAGGCGCUACUUCUUUACCCAGCUUCAGCAAGGACUUUACAGUCCAUACCCUGGCCUCCAGAGUCAAAGAGACACCUCAGAUCCCGCGUCGUGGAAGCCGGGUGCAUGCCUGCGGAUGACCGCAGUCUAUGUCUACAACCUUACUUUGACUUGGAGCAGCGGCGCCGGAACCAUGAGCCGGGAGGUCAGGUGGUUGCCUUGGGCCACUGUAUCGGAUUGUGCAAUCGUCAUGGAAAGGCUCAACUUCAGGAUCAACGGGAAGCUCCUGGACCAAUUCGACCUGUAUUGUCAGGGCCGCAUACUGGGCUCGCUGCAGCUCCAGGAGAUGGGCAUCCAAGACAACAGCAUCAUCGUCGCAGUAGAGAAAGUCUCUGGACCGCCUCAGCCCCAAUUUCAGGAUCAGUACGGACCACCAAGACAGCAAUACGCAGAUGAGUAUAUGCCCAGCGAGCAUGGACCAUGGCAACCAACUCCGGGCCAUGCCAACCCAAUCAUCCCCGGUUCUACGAGUUCUGGCAGUCCUACUCCGUCGUCAAUACAACCAAAUCAGCAAGGACAUGGGUAUGCGCCACCCCUUUACGAGACUUUCACUCCUAGCCCGCCAGGGGCCGCCGCUCCUCCAGGAACAGCAGUACGUCCACCUGGAUCAUCACUACCCCCCGGUGGCCCUCCUCGGACCUACGGGUCCCCCGGACCAGGCCCGGGAGCACCUAGGCCGCACUCUUCCACGACAAUAGGCUCUCCGUUGCCCGGAUACACAUCGCCAUCUCCAGGAAUGGCGGGCGCGGGAUCUCCGCCGUCCCUCGCCCCGCCGAAAACUGGUGCGCCGCCGGCCACGCACCGUGGAUCGAGCGCCCCCCAAGCCGACCAGACAGGCUGGGCGAUGGGCGUAGCAGCAGGCUCGCAGAUCCGGCAGGUAGUGCGGAAAGACCCGUUCGCGCCGUCGGAGUGGGCGAAGCAUCGAGCCGCGACGCUGAGCGUGCAGAUCCUCAACUCGGUGGCCUUCGAGGGGCUCACGGGGAUGCUCGCGCCGCCGACGCCCAUCUCGGCCGAGACGUACGCCGCGCACGGUCUGCCGUUCCAUGCCUCGUAUGGCGAGGCGGAGGCGGCGUUCGAGACCGACGGCGCGACCAACUUUGCUGGGGUUAGGAGCGUGGCGCAGAUAGACGCUUCCCAUGGUCCUGUUGUCCUGGGUAGCAAUAUUACUGCCGGGAGUAAGGUUGGUUGUACGUGCUGCGGGAAGAUGCUGUGUGAUUCCAUUCUUCGUCCCUGCAAUCAUGCCUUUUGCUCGCAAUGUAUUCGGAACUGGAUGGCAUGGGGGAACAAGACCAUUUGUCGCGUUUGUGGCCAGACAGCCACUGGGCUUGUAGGAUUUUCUGCGCCAAUGGCUCUACCCGGCCAAGAUGUGGUCGAUUUCUCGGAAGCUGUGGUGGUAACGAACGAGCCGUAUAAGGGGGAGUUGGGUUUCGCAAGCGUUUAUGAGCUGGAGGCAAGGUCACAACCGCAACCGCAGCAGCAGCCGAUUGUGUACGAGCUAGGUGCUUGACAACUUCUGCUAGAUCUCUCUGACGAGUCACGAUGAAGGACCUGAGGAUCAAAACAGGCUAUCUGGUUUAAACUUUAAUUAAUUGUUGACUUCCUAUCUACAUGCUUGAGCGGGGUUUACUAGCAGAGAAC